UUAGAUGAGAACAUACCAUCAGGUGGCGCAAAGGGAUAUGUGACGAAUUUUUAAUAUUAAAGUCAUUAAUUUAUUUACAUGACGAAAGGGAAGUAACAGCAUCCUUGUUGGGAACGGGAAUCAAAUCCUAUAAUAGCAUUUACCAGGUCCAUUUAAGCUCAACACGGCGAAAAUGUCCUGAUGACAGGAUGUGUAGCGCUGCCUGGGGGAAAAUGUAACUGAUUAAUAAGGCAGACGGAGAGUGAUUCCGCUGAGUGUAUCUGAUUUUGUCUUUUUGAAGAGCGAUUCUCGACUGCACGGCUUACUGUAGACUAUACUCCUCCUGAAGAUGGAGUUUGGGGAAAGGAAGAGGAGAAGGAAGUCACAGAGCUUUAAACUGGUCACGGAUGAAGAUUUUGCGCCUUCAUACAUGAUGAACUCCAACUGCAAAGGUCUCAAUGGAGAGCCUGUGGAUGCUUCUGUGCCUGAGGUUUGGUUAGGGGAUGCAGGCGUGGAGAUCAAGAGGCAAAUCACAGGAAUGAUGAGGCUUCUGAGUGAUAAGACCAGCAGGGUAUAUCAACGUGUGGCAACAGAGCAGGACAACUCAACAAAGGAGUCCCAGGAAAGGCAACUGACCUGGGUACAUCAACCUGCGCCUUCACGUCUUGUAUCAGAGGACCACCAAAGCAUCAGCUGGAACUCUGCGGGGGAUCCAGGACCUUCACUUUCAUCCAUAUCCAGCCCCAUUGUCAACGGUCCAGGCUGUGGACAGUACAGCACCCGCUCCAAAGCCCAGAGGAUCCUCAACAAUACCAAGGAUAUGAUCAAAGUGAACAAAGCUAACGCAGAUGCAGCCCCUCCUACUGCGCCAGAAGCCCCCUGCUGUAUGUGUAACUGUAAGGGCACCUUGUACGCUAUUUUGCAGGAACUGCGUGCCAUGAGGAGGCUGAUGCAAACUCAAAAAGCAUCUCUGGAAAGACAAGAACAGGCAGCAUCACCAUGCCAACCUCGUCUUGGUCCAGGCCCCGCUCCUCGCUGUAGGCCACGCAAGAGGAGGCCGAUCUAUAAAGUACCACCACUGACUGUGUCAAGUACUAGAAGAGCUGCUCAUGCCCCUCUAGGGGCAUCAACAAUAACAGCUGCACCUGCAGAAUCGGGACAGAGUGAGGAAUGUGAGAAAGAACAUGGCUUAUCUACACCCCAAAGUCACCCUGUUUGCUCUGAGGUUUCUGUGCUGCCAAGUCAGAAAAAUCCAGUAACUGUCAACAACAGACACAAUCCUGUUCUGAACCAGCUGAGGGGACCUCAUUCGUUAGAGUCUGAGGUGCGUCUUGCAGAGGAUCAUGACGUGUAUAUCUCAAAGGCUCAGCUAGACUCCAUUCUGGUCAACUAUACACGCUCUGGUAGCCUGCUGUUUCGGAAACUGGUUUGUGCGUUCUUUGACGAUGCUACGCUGGCUAACUCAUUGCCAAAUGGUAAAAGGAAGAGAGGGCUCAAUGAUAACCGUAAAGGCUUGGACCAGAACAUUGUGGGUGCCAUUAAAGUGUUUACAGAGAAAUACUGCACUGAAAACCGAAUAGAGAAGUUGCCCGGGCCACGAGACUGGGUCCAGAUCCUUCAAGAUCAGAUCAAACUUGCCAGAAGGAGGCUGAAAAGAGAUGCUGCAGAAGCAGAAGUCUUAAAUGGACCUUCCACAAGCUGUGACUAUAACAGGCCUGUCCAAGUGGAGGGGACGGUGGUGAACAUGACUGGUUGAUUCAAGGGUUGCCACAAUGGCCUUACAGUAUAUUUGUUGAUUGUCUUCUUUACUCUAAUUUGAUGCAUUUUGCCACUUUAGACAUUUCUUUUGCUGCUGUAAUCUGCUCUGUGUUAUGGAUGUAAAGAGAAACAAACAAUAGAACCAAAUGAAGAAGAAGCCUGCUUCACCUACCAGAUGCUUCAUCUUGUGUGGUUCUUGAGACCUUUUAUUGGACUGAUACUUGGAUUUGCGAUUGAAUGCCAGUAGUCAUUUAACUAUACAGUGGUUAAAAAACGUCAGAUCAUUUUCAGGUUUAGAAGUGACUUACUGUUUACAUUUUAAGCUACAGCUUUAACUUGCCUAGUUCUCAUUAUACUAGAAGGAGUCACAAGUCUAAAAUUGGAGGUUUUCCAUUGUGGAUUGUGCCUUUUAAAUGACAGUACUUCAAUGAGUGUAAUGUGCAGUGCAGCAUCAACCUUAUUGUAAUUACAAACAUUACAUCUAAAUGUAAAUAUCUUAUGUAUUUUUCUGCCAACUUUGCAAAUUAAAAAUGUGUGGAUAGGCUUCAACUGGCUGAAAAUAUAAACUACAAUAUUCUAUGAAUAGUUUUUUUCUGUUUAUUAUUAGAAUCUCUUGGCAAUGCAUUUCUGUGUUAUUGUUGUUAAUAUUGUGGUAGAAUUAGUUUCCUUAGUUUUUGCUCACUGUGCAAAUGAAAUGAAUAAUUUAC